GACCUUCAUAGUGGAAUGCAAUAGUGCUAUUUCCCUCUGCAGCUCCUCUACUUUUUGGUGAAGGGACUCCACUCUUUCUGAAUAGCCUCUCCAGAAAAGGAAGACACUUAGGAGUCCAGAACAGGUCUAAAAAAUUAACAGUUUUACAGAAGAAAGUCAUACAGGUUUGAAACAACAUGAGGGCUGUAACUAAUGGCUGGAAAAGUCCUCUGUGAGGCAACAAAAUUGUACAACAUCAUAAACCAAUACACUCAUCUACCAAGGCUUGCAGAGAGCAACUAUCUUUGUCUGAUUGAUGCCCGUGCAGCAGAAUCAUAUAACCUCAGCCACAUCAUUACUGCCAGAAAUGCAAAAUGGGAUUCUGAUGAAAAGUUUAUUAUGCCUUUGGAUGUUGAGGUUGAAAGUAUGAGGUACAUCAUUGUUUAUGACAGCAAUACACAUUCGCUGUCAGAUUCAGGCCCAGCUAUAGACUGUGCAGACAUCUUAGAAAAAGCGAGUCAAUUUCCGAUUCAGAUCCUUAGUGGAGGCUAUGAGAAGUUUUCUGCACUCUACCCUUUCCUAAGAACCCAUAAGAUUCUUUACAAUAUAAGGGAACUGGAGAGCAUGAAUCCCUAUCCUGUGGAAAUCUUGCCAGGGAAGCUUUAUAUGGGUGAUUACAGGCAGGCGACAAACCUUCAAAUUCUUAAAGAUCUGAAGCUGAAUGCACUUGUCAAUGUCUCUGAUGAAUGCAGUCUAGUGUUUAAAAAGGCAAACUGCACCGUCUUACACAUCCGAAUUCCAGAUUCUGCAGAGGCAGAUUUGAUCACUUCAUUUGAAAGAAUGUGUGUUUUUAUUGGUUCACAUAUCAAUGCCUCCUCUUCUGUUUUGAUAUUCUCUACUCUUGGAGUAAGUCGAUGCUGUGCUGUAACAAUGGCAUAUCUUAUGCAUCAUCUCAAAUACACACUAAAGGAGGCAUGGAAUCAUAUUCAGCAGUGCAAAGCCAACAUGAGGCCAAAUCGAGGAUUUGUGCAGCAACUUUCUGACUGGGAACUUCAGACUCUUGGGAAGAGAGUGACAGAUACAUCAGAACCCAACUACUAACAAUAACCAAUUACCAGAAACAUCAUGAUACAGAAUCAUAGAUUUUUAAUUUUAAUAUAUCAAUUAGAGUAAUAAAAAAAACAAUAAAUAAACCACUCCCUAUAAACACACUAUAUAGACAAUAUUAGAAUGUACAAAACAAUGUCUAAAUAUGUGCCGCUACAAAUAGCAGUUUAUGUCAUGAGGAUGACUCUGCAUUUUCUUCCACUUUACUGUAAGCUGCUUUAAUACCAGUCAAAAGUUUUUAAACAGUAAGAUUUUUAAUGUUUUUUAUGUAAGUCCCUUCUGCUCACCAAGCCUGCAUUUAUUUGAUCCAAAAUACAGCAAAAGCAGUAAUAUUGUUAUAUAUUUUUACUAUUUAAAAUAACUGCUUUCUAUUUGAAUGUAUUUUAAAAUGUAAUUUAUUCCUGUGAUCAAAGCAAAAUUUUUAGCAUCAUUUCUCCAGUCUUCAGUGUCACAUGAUCCUUUAGAAAUCAUUCUAAUAUGCUGAUUUGCUGUUCAAGAAACAUUUUAUUAUUAUCAGUAUUUAAAACAGUUGAGUACAUUUCAGGAUUCUUUGAUGAAUAGAAAGAAAAUCAGCAUUUAUCUGAAAUGAAAAGCUUUGUAACAUUAUACACUAUAUUAUUCAAAAGCUUGAAGUCUUUUUUUUUGGGGGGGGGGGGAAUUAUAGAAAUUAAUAUUUUUAUUUAGCAAGGAUGCUUUAAAUUGAUCAAAAGUGAUGAUAAAGACAUUUAUAAUGUUACAAAAGAUAUCUAUUUCAAAUAAAUAGAUAUCUAUCUUCUAAACUUUCUAUUCAUCACAGAAACCUAAAGAAAAUUCUAAUUAGCUGUUUUCAACAUAAUAAUAAUAAUAAUAAU